AUGUGCUCCUGCCUGUCCAUCGCCUACUACCGCCCGUUCUUCGACGUCGACACGGACGAGGUCCUCGGGCGCGUGCGCGCCGCGCUCCUCUUCUGCCACAGCGAGCCGUUCCUCCGCGUGCUGCGGAACAAGCCCGACGCCUACGGGCCCUGGUGGAUCGCGACGACGCUCAUCUUCCUCAUCUCCGUGACGUCGCACUUCAAGGCGCUCCUGAGCCUGGGAGACGACUACGAGUACGACUUCGCGGCGGUCACGUUCAGCGCCAUGGCCGUCUACACCUACCUGGGCCUGGCGGCCUUCACGUCCUGGCUCUGCCUCAACUACUGGCUCAAGGUGCCCAUGGCGCUGCUGAACUGCCUCUGCAUCGUCGGCUACUCCCUGGUGCCGUACCUGCCCGCGUCGCUCGCGUGCGUGCUCCCCUACAUGGCCUGGCCGGCGGUCCUCGCCGCCGCGGGCGCCCAGACGGCCUUCAGCCUCAAGGCGGCGCUCCCGGCCAUCGAGCAGCACCCGAAGGAGAAGGCCGCGGUCUACGCCGGCGCCGUCGUCGUCCUCAACGUCGGCCUCAUGCUCAUCAUCAAGCUCUACCUCUACUAG